AUGCGCUCUGCCCUCUGGAAAAAGAACUACAAUUUUCAUAUGUGUUUGGUGUCUUCUUCUGUGUUUUUGGCUUUCUUCGGUGGUUUCAUAAAGUUUAUUUUUUCUGGAUUUGUGCCAUUUUUUUUCCAGUCUUUUUUAUUUUUUCUGUUUUUAAAGCCUUUAGGUGUAGUUUUUGUUUUUGUUUGUUUUUUUGUUUUUUUACAAAGUAUUCUGAUAUUUAUGGACUAAAUGUGUUCUUGUGUUUAAUUUCUGCCUUAAUACUUUUUCACUUGUUUAGGCUUACAUUUGGCCAAUUUCAUGCUCCUGAACACUGUCUUACGUAUUCCACAGUGCCAUACAAUAGGCAACCGACUAACGCCACCGCGCAGUGACACACAGCCCUGGUUAUGACUGACUGUGUCGUAUUGAACUUGAGUCUUCAUGGAGCCCUCUCAGUGCGUGUCCACGGCUCUGGAGCGCUUACCUUUCAACAACACGGCGCUGAAAAAGCUGCCGGUGGAUGACUCAGAGGAACCCGGGUCCCGGACGGUCCCAGCGGCGUGUUUCUCCCGAAUUCGGGCUCUUCAGCCCCUGGUACGUCCGACCUUCGUGGCCCUGUCCCAGUCAGCGCUGACUCUGCUCGACCUGAGUGUGCAGGAUGUGUUGGCUAAUCCCCUGGGCCCGGAGUAUUUGAGCGGCUCCAGGCUGCUGCCUGGCUCCGAGCCGGCUGCGCACUGUUACAGCGGGCACCAGUUCGGGCUGUUUGCGGGACAGCUGGGAGAUGGAGCGGUGAUGUACCUGGGGGAGGUGGAGUCGGGCACCCAUGGGCGAUGGGAGAUUCAGGUGAAAGGUGCAGGAGUCACACCCUACUCCAGAGAGGGUGAUGGCAGGAAGGUGCUUCGCUCCAGUAUCAGAGAGUUCCUGUGCAGCGAGGCCAUGGCCGCCCUGGGGAUACCCAGCACCCGUGCAGCCUCCCUCGUGACCUCUGACCUCUAUGUCAGCAGGGAUCCACUCAACAGCGGCAGGCGCAUUCCUGAGCGCUGCUCAGUCGUCCUGCGUCUUGCCCCUUCCUUCCUCAGAUUUGGAUCUUUUGAGAUCUUUCUGGGCCGAGAUGAUUUCUCAGGCCUGCAGGGUCCCAGUGCAGGGCGCCAUGACAUUCGCGCUCAGCUGCUGAAUUAUGUCAUUGAGACUUUUUAUCCAUGCAUCCAGCAGACUCAUCGCAACCGGAAAGACAGGAAUAUGUCUUUUUUCAGAGAGGUGAUGAUGCGAACCGCUAAGCUAGUCGCCCAGUGGCAGUGUGUUGGUUUUUGCCAUGGCGUCCUUAACACAGACAACAUGAGCAUCUUGGGUCUUACUCUGGAUUAUGGCCCAUUUGGUUUCAUGGACAGAUUUGAUCCAGAUUUCGUUUGCAACACCUCGGACAAAAGAGGACGCUACUCAUACCAAGCCCAGCCAUCUGUGUGCCGCUGGAACUUGGCUCGCUUGGCAGAGGCGCUGGGCUCUGAGCUGGAUGCAGCUGAGGCAGGGGCUGUCCUGGAUGAAUUCAUGCCCACAUACGAAGCCUUCUACCUGUGUAUCAUGAGGAAAAAGCUGGGCCUUGUGAGAAAAGAAGAGGCAGAGGACAGCGAGCUCAUAUCAGAGCUGCUGCGCCUAAUGCACAACACUGGGGCAGAUUUCACCAACACCUUCCGCCUGCUGAGCCGUGUCCCCUGGCCUGAGGAGGUCGACAGCGAGAGGGCCACAGUGGGGCCAGUAGUGGACCUCAUCCUAGAACAGUGUGCCUCUAUCGAGGAGCUAAAGCAUUUUGGGGAAAAAGCUUUCCAAGACAAUAUCGAAUUGGCGAUGAUUCUGUCCAUGGCACAAACCAACCCAGUCAUGUUUGGGAUGGUGGCAGACAGGCCAGAUGUGUCCGAGCAACUGGAAAGGAUGGGACGGCUAAAGGAGCUGCUUGAGACAGAUCAGGAUGAGCUUCAGAAAAAGCAGCGCGAUGACUGGAUUCGCUGGGUUAGCCGAUACAGGAGACGUUUAGCCAGGGAGUAUGAUGGCACGAGUGACUUGUCUCUCAUCAAAAAGGAGAGGCUCAGUGUGAUGAACAUCACCAACCCCCAUGUUGUCCUGCGCAACUACAUCGCCCAGAAUGCAAUUCAGGCUGCAGAAAAAGGAGACUUCUCUGAGGUCAACAGGGUCCUGAAAGUUCUGGAGAAACCAUAUUCUGAUGCAUUUGGACUGGAGCCCUUUGAUGGACCUAAUACAUGUGGUGAAAAGGAGCAGAAAGGGAGGGAACUGACUGUCAGCUAUGACAGGAAACCUCCUGCCUGGGCACAAAGAAUUUGUAUCACGUGAUCCUCGUAGAGCCUCCUAUAGGUGAAGGAGAGAGGUCUGUUUCCACUGGUGGACCACAUAGGCCUCAGUUUUCAGAGCAAACAAGAUAUGGGUUGUCGGUACAGUUAUUGCUGCUGCUCUAUACUUCCACCUCAGACUCUUUCCUGCUUCCUGAAGAGAGGAUGUAACCCAGUGUGUUCCAGUGUUCAUCAGUGUGGUUAUAGAUCGAUGUUUGCGUGAUCAUAAUGCUUUUAUUGCGGUGUUUAAAGGUGUUAAAGAGUAAUACAACAUCACAGUCAAAUUUGAUAAAUUACCAAGUACAAAUAAAUCGGUUAUGCUAUUGAAGAUACAGACAAGUAGUCUAUGAAUUUGCUGAUGAAGUAUGACGGCUCAGAUGACCAGUCACACAAUGACCUGUCUGGGUCUGAAACACUAGGAACACACUGAAUAUUACUACUACUUAUAAGGUCAAAAUGUCAAUAGCCACAAGUAUGAGCAAUUCAAAAUGUUUACCAUUAGUUUCUUAAACCUACUGUAGAUAGAAUGAUUGUUGGCACUUUGUUUCUAACAGUUUCUCAAAGUUUGAAAUAAAAGAUCCUGUGUUGUUUAUCAUAAAGUGUGUUAAUUAACUGUGAUGGUUUAUAUGUCUGCUUUAAACCUAUACAUAUUAGUUAUUAGCUCAGUGUCUUAAAGGCCCUGAAAACCUAUUUUGUCAACCAGUUUCUUACUAUAAACUAUGGGGUCCUAUAUGAAAACAAAUGUUUUUUCCAAACUUGGAACAGUUUUUUUAUUUUUUUUACAUGAGAAUAUCUGGUUAUGUGUGUUUGUUUGUGCUUUUCUCACCGGUUUGAAGAGGCCAGGGCCUAGUUAGAGAAAGGUGAUGUCACGAAUUUCAGUGCAAUGUCUGAAUCAAAAUGAUAGCUGUGGCCACUGUCAAUGAAAUCUAAUCACCCAGACAGUGCUGAUGAAGAAGAUUAGGAGUUUUGGUGUCUUAAACUCUUAUAAAUAAUAACUAAGAAUGUUUUUUUUCCAAUCUUUAGCUUAUUUAGUCUUGAAAAUGUAAUGUUAUAGAGCAGUUGUAUAGACAAAUAGUGGCCCAUGGGCCGUACUCAACCCUACAGCAAAAAUAUUUAGCCCCUGACAAAGGUUCCAUAGCAUCAAAGCUUUUGCAUGAUUUUUCACAAAUCUACUGUAGAUAACAAUGUAAAGACAAGGCUCAUGUAAAUCUCAAUAAAUAUGUCUUUGUAACAUUUAAUACUGCCCACACGUGAAACAUGCAAACUUGCAUCACACUGUAUGAAAAGGGCAUAGUGCUGGAAUAAAGUCUAAUGAAUUUAGCAGAUGACUAACGCAAAUAAAAAAUACAAUCCACAUUUAAA